AUGACAGCAGACAUCACCACCGCCACUGACCAUCCAGCUCUCACUCGCAUCCCGGUCUGGGCACGCGAAAAGCUCUCCCCUCAAGCCAUCGAAACGAUCAAGAGAGUCCACGACUGGGUCGAGACCGAAUGCAUCCCAGCCGAAGCGAUCGUGAAGCAGCAAAUCGAGCGAGACAAGCAAGACGGAAAGUGGAAGACGCCAGCAUUGAUCGCAGAACUGCGGACAAGAGCCAGGAAGGAAGGACUAUGGAAUCUUUUCCUGCCCAAGAGCUUCGGAGAUCUGAGCCCCGGCUUGACCAAUUUGGAGUAUAGCUGUUGUGCAGAGAUCAUGGGCAGGUGUUAUUGGGCUGCUCAGGUGUGACAUACUGGAUUCUCUAGCAGAUGAAGUACUAAGGUGAUGUCCUAGACCAUGAACUGUCACGCUCCUGAUACAGGCAACAUGGAACUCCUCGCGAAAUACUGCAACGAAGACCAGAAACAAAAAUACCUUCUCCCUCUCCUGAAUGGCGAAACUUUCAGCGGCUAUAGCAUGACAGAACCAGACGUCGCCUCUUCAGACGCAACGAACAUCUCCUGUCGCCUCACAUCGGAUCCCCAAGAUCCUAGCUAUCUCCUGAUCAACGGCCGCAAACUCUACGGCAACAGCAAAGCAAACGAAGAAUUAGGCUUCUACAUCCUCAUGACCCUCUCCGACCCCUCCAACCCCAACCCUCACCGUCGCCACACAAUGGUCCUAGUCCCCAAAUCCACCCCGGGCCUCACAAUGACCCGCAAUCUCACCAUCAUGGGCUAUGACCACGCCCCCGAAGGCCAUGGAGAAUACAUCUACACCAACGCCCGCAUCCCACGAGAAAACAUCAUCCUAGGCGAAGGCCGUGCGUUCGAAAUCGCCCAGGGACGUCUGGGACCAGGUCGUAUACACCACUGUAUGCGUCUCCUCGGCCAGACCUCCCGCGCCUAUGAUCUCGCCUUACUACGCUGUACGAACCCUACCAAAACUCCCCGCGGGAAAAUCAUCGGAGCUUUCGAUAGCAAUAUAGAAAAAAUCGCCUGGAUGCGCAUGUCUCUCGAUUCCCUCCAGCAAAUCGUCUACAAUGCAGCCCAUACCAUGGACGUCUCCGGAAACGUAGCGGGAAGAUUCGCGAUUGCGCAGUGCAAAGUUAUGGUUCCAGCCACGGCCGCGAAGAUCAUAGACGAGUGCAUGCAGUUGUAUGGAGGACAGGGGCUGACGCAGCAUACGUUUUUGCCGGAGGCGUGGACGUAUGCGCGGUUUGUGAGGAUAGCGGAUGGGCCGGAUGCGGCGCAUCGGCAUCAGGUGGGGAGGGAGGAGUUGAGAGAGAAGAAGGUGGACGGGGUGAGGAGGGUGUUUGAGGGGUAUGGGAGGAGGGAGGAGGAGUUGAGGGAGAAGCGGGGGAUGGGCAGUGAGGCGGAGAAGGUUGGGCUUAUGAGGAUGAAGUGA